GAAUGACUUCAAAGUGAAUAGAAUAAAUUGUAAAGUGUUUACAAAUUAAUUAUAAUUUUGAACUAUAGAUAUUAAGAUUAACUUACAAUGGCACAGUGUUCUUUGGAAACCGAAACAGUUGAAGAGUUGACAAAUUUGCUUCUCGAUUUGAUUGAUUUAACUAACGAAGAGAACAGAAAGAAAAUAUUACAAUUUGUUUGUGGUCUACUCAACACUGAAGAGAAAGAAAAUAUUAAAUUGGCGUUCAAAUUGAGCCAGAAGAUAAAGUCAGCUAUCGAUGAAUUGAAGACCCACGAUCCACAGCUGCUUCAAAUGUUGUUAUUAUGUGUGAAAUCGUGGAGUCAACAUAUGGCAAAGGAUGAAAAGUCAGUGUUGAGUCAGAUCUGGUCAGUAAACGGAACAAGCGAUGCACAAUCACUGGCUGGUCAAAGAAUCAUUCAGAUAUUUGAAGACUUUUUAAAUGACGUCACAGUUGUUGAAAUUUUUACACCAAAGCUGCAUAAACAAAUUGGACAGCAAUUGCAGUCGAAGAUGAGCAAAGAACGUUUAGUUGGAAACAAUUUAUUGAAUAAGCUACUUGACAGUAUUAAGGAUCCACAUGAGAGGGAACUGGUUAAUUUUUCCGGACUAGACUUCAUCUCCUAUAUCACAAUAAUUCAGUGCCUGCAAGUAGAGUCAACUGCUGUGGCGCCCAAGGACGAUAAAUGUGGCUUGAUCUGGAUGCGUCCAUUGUACAUUCGAUUACUUUGCGAAGACAAUCUAUUGGUGCGCCGAUGGACGCUGGAAUACUUGAUGCUAAAUACAACAUCUUCAGAUCUGAGGCGUGCUAAUCUACUGAUUGGGUUUCUUAAGGCAACCAACAAAAUAGAGCUACAUGAUCUUGAUACAUACGCUCUGCCAAAUCAACUAAUGACCAAUUUUGUGCAGAGGCUUGAGUUGAAGCGUUUUCUAGUAGCAUUUGUAAAAGUGCCAUGGCUUGAAGUACCUUUUGUGCGUUGGCUUUAUAGUUUGGAUCCCAAACGAGUUCCUCAAAUUACACAAAGGAUUUUAUAUCAAAUGGUUCGGCUCGUGAAAAAAAUUCAAAAUCAAACACUACGUCUUUGGGCUAGCGAACAACUAUUUACUCAUUUUAUGAACACAAUUCAAGAAUUGUCUUUGGUCGAAUAUUUAAAAUUCAGUCUAGAAGUGUACGAUAAAGAAAAGGAUAUACCAUAUGUUGUGGAAUAUAAGUUAGUGGAACAGAUCAGGAAAUGCAAAGACAUCAGUGAUCAACUUGGUCGUCUUAAUAGAGACGGCUUUGAAAAAAUUUGCAGUGGACGCGAACGUCUAUUGGAUUAUGUGCCAUAUUAUCAAUUGUUUAAAAAACUGCAAAAUGUGCCAAAAUUUUGUGACGGCUUGUGGCGUCUUUCCUUUAUUCUAAUGCUGCACAAUAAACCUGAAGUUGUGGAUUUGUAUCAUGCUGAACAUGAUUUAAAUAUUGAGCUAUUUCAAAAGUGCACAAAUUUAAAAGAAUUGCAAGAACAUUUGCUUGAAAAAUUAAACUGCAAAACCGAAGACGAAAAAUUAUUUCUGCUGCAAAAAAGUGUGGAUAUGUUUGUGGCCACUCGUAUAACUGAUUGGAGCAAAAUCGAAGAGCUGCAAUUAAGUGCAUUAGAACUUAUGGAGCAGGGAACAGAGAAUACAUUUUUGCAUUUAACCGAUAUAUUGAGCAGCCAUAACCAAAAAUUACAAGAUGACAAAAUAUUUGAUGAGAUUUUACAAAAGUGGAAUCAAUACAAUGAUGACUAUAAAAUGCAACGAGUUAUAGCCUGUAGAAUUUUUAGGUAUGCAGAAACAAACCUGAAUAUCGAUGAGAGGGUGAACCUAGUCCAUGAAAUCAUUAAAAAAUGCAAAAAUAAUACUGAUUUUGCUACGCUUUUAUACAAUACUAAUUCAAUACCGAAAUAUAUGGUUUUACAAAACCUCAUUCGAGAAGGAGACCCAAUGACAGACGAAGAACGCAUUGAAUUUGCAUUGGCGAAAGAGCUGGCAUAUAGUUGUUGUACAAUAAGAAGAGAUGCUUUCAUCGAGUAUGCCUAUCGAUGGCCGUCAGAGACUUUAUAUGAAAUAUUUAAUAUGUUGAUACGUAUUAAUGUAAGCAUGAAUCGCAAUGGUGUGAUUUUAGAAAACUCUAAAGAGAAUAGAGUCCAAAUGCGAAUAUUAAGAGUCUUGUUGCACACGGAUCCAAACAGCAAAUUAUUUUGGACAAAUAAAUUAUGGCAGCUUCUGUUGUCCUCAUCUAGUCAACCGAAUAAAAUCUGCUUCCUAUACGAGUGUUUGGUGGCCGAACAAUUACCCUUCGAUGAAUCGCAUUUCGAACAAUUACUGGAGCGAAUUGAACUAAUUUCCAACCUCGAAUCGAUUCAACAGGACUCAAUAAUAUCAGUUCUUUACAUAUAUUGCAUGCGCAAGGUUGAUCUUUUAAAAGUGGAGCAUUUUCAAAGGGUAUUUGAAAUGUUGCUCAAUCAACAGAUGGACAAUUUGCAAUCAGAAACUCGAAGUUUUAUUCAAUUGGUUCUGCACAAACUGGCUUUAAAGUGUGAGGAGAAAAAAAUCGUAGUUCCCAUGGCCGUUGCAUUAAAAACACCACCAUAUAUUGUAUUUGAGAAUAAGAUAAUACAUACCACCAUUGAAGUGCGACUGGCGCUACCUGAAAUCAUGCACGCCUAUCCCUCCGACAUUAUAUUGCACAUAAUUAACGCACCAAUUGACGAGUAUCGAAGACCAGUCUGGGUGGAUCCUUAUCCGAUGCGUUUAUAUAAUCAGUUUCGAAAAGUCUUUGCACAAAAGAGUUGCACUUCGUGA